AGCAUCCGGUCUCCUACAAGAUGGCGCCGCCCUGGUGCUGUUCGCCCUCUAGCGGCCGCCUGGUGUCACUACAUACAGAGCUCAGGGUCAGAAUGGCGGCUCCGGCGCUGAGACCUGUGAGGAGGCUGCGUCUGGAGGCUUUCCUUCUGCCGAGGAUCAGUGUGACACCAGUCCGGGCCAUUAAUGGAGGUGAGGGAUCAUCUCAAACAGGAAUCUGUAAGACAUUGGUGUCUUUCCCAGUGAAAUUCUCUAAUUUCCAGGACUCCACAACAGUGUCACCUCCGGGGCCCCUGGCUGCCCCUGUGCCUGAAGAGCCUUUUGAUAAUUCCAAGUACCAGAACGAGCAGCAUUUUUCCUACACGCCCUUCACCUUUGUGGAUUAUGAUGUAGAGCUUGCUAAAUUUCGCCUCCCACAGCCUUCAUCAGGACGUCCUUCUCCCCAACACUGAGAGACCCUCUAAUGUCAGUUUGAUAAUGUGCAAUAAAUGCUGUAUGUGUA